UAUUAAUACCCUGUAAACUUGACUUUGCUGUCAUAUGAUACACAAAAAAACAAAUAAAGGCAAUACAAAUAAAGGAACUAGGAAUAUACAAGAUGGUAAAGGCCAAAGUACCAGAGAAGGAUGCAGGAUCCGUAUUGAUCAGCGUAAAGGAGAUGUUGGAUCGUGAGAAUAAAUAUUUACAGCGUAUGCAGGAUGUCAGUGUGAGCUGUGGCUUCAUCAAGGAUGCCACCACGGAAUAUGAGAAAUUGGAGGCAGAACAGGCGCGUGAGGAUCAUUGGGAGCAUUACAUACGUUGCGAUGGAUUGCCAAGAACAUAUUUGCCACCAGAGAUGCGCACUUUUCUCGCCGAGAAGCGUCAUUAUCAACUGUUCGAUUACAAUCAUAGUGUGGAUUGGACUUUGUCGGUGGAUGAACGUUCCAUUCUCACCCAGAACAUCUUUCGCACGGACAAAACGCGAAAUGCGAUGAGGGAGACACUGGAUGAUCAUAUCGGGGAUCGUUUUCAGCGUGAUGUCUUUAUGUUCUUGGAUACUCUGAUGAAGAUCGAGUGCAUGCUGGAUAACAAUGCGGAGAUGUCGCGAGUGAGCUUCGAAAGGCAAAUGGAAAUCAUGGAAGUGCGCAAAGAGUUGGAGAUGGAGAUCGAUGCCACAUUUGAUCGUUUGACUUAUCGCAUAAUACGCAUGGAUAGUGUUUAUAUGAAUUCAAACGAUGCCAUUGUGGCAACUUGGGGUCAUACAUGUGAUCGAUUUGCCAUCGAUAUCUGGGGAUUGCGCAAUGUUCCCAUACGCUUCAAUGAAUUGCUUGCUCCUCUGAUGGUGGCUGAACUGUCAAAUGUUGGCGUCAGUGUUCAGAUGCCACUUAGCGUACUCCACGAUUGCCUCACGUUGCGUUGCAUCCACACACUUUUUGACAACUAUUCGCAGUAUGCAAAGAGUUUCGAUGCGAUAAUACCGGAAUCGAUAAAAGAUCUGAAUGCGGGCAUAAUUGACAUUGAGGAUUGUCUGGCCAAUGAGUGGCUGAUGCAGUUGGACAUUCAGGAAGAGCUGCUCGAGAGUAUGUUGCAAAAGCGUGAGGCAUACGAGGAGGCAAUGCGCAUUAUUGCCGAGAAAACCGAGCGGGCAGCGAAGGACAAAAAGGCCAAUGAGGGUAAAAAGGUAAAGGCCGUUGUAAUACCGAAACCACCCAAGGAAGCACCUUUGGUACCGCCCGGAAUGCUACCCGAUGCAUAUUCCACAUUUCUGGAACGGGAACAACAAGAGUAUGUAGAUUUGCUGGAUCAACUAUACAAUCCACGAAAUCUAAAACUAAUGCUAGACGAGAUCAAUCUACGACAAUACAUAUUCCUGGGCGGUUUAUAUUCUGUAAUGUUUGUGCGCCGACCUGCGAAUACGCAUUUCGAGAAGUUCAACAUAAUAUUACAUGAGGAUGGGCGAGUUUUGCAUACCAUGGAGAAUGUAGUUGCCGAUUUGCGACCAAAAGGGGAUGACAUGAGUCGACGGGGAUCAAAGAUUUCUCAGAGAGCCUCCAACGUUUCCAAUCGCUCCAAGUCGCGUAUGCAUCUGAAAAUGGAUCAGCAGAAGAGGAAGACAACAAUGCUGGAGGAUGAUGAGUUGCCAUACUUUUUUGUGACGCUUCAUCUGCCCAAGGAGCUGUGCAUGUGGGGCGAGCCUGUUGUCUGUCAUUAUAUGACAACCAUGCAGGAUGUGGUAUCCGAGACUUCGCUGGUCGAGGAGAAAAAGGAAUCGACAUUUGUCAAAAAGAAGAAAUCAAAAAUUGGUUCAGUAAAGCACUCAAUGGAAGCGGAUCGACAAUCGAUGUUCAACAAGGUCGUUCGCAAGGACACAUUGGUGAAUGUGUUUCGACCCACUUUGAUAUCAUUGUUGCGUCAUAGUAAGCAUCAAGUACCUGGAGUAUGGGUUGCUCCAGUUCGGAAUUUUCCAUUGAAUAAACAGCUGACACACAUGGAGAUUCGACAAUUGGAGCGUUUCGGUAUACCGCGUGUAAUAUCCUCCUUCAAAUUCCCGCUGGAGGUCAGGGAAGAGCUGGAACACGAUCAGAGACCAAAAACAAAGAAUAUGUUAAUCAGACGUCGCAGUACCGACAUUGAGGAUAACGUCGAUUUUGGUUAUAUCGAUUUCAAUUUCAAAGACCAACAUGCUCCGGAACGCGUCUAUCCGGUUUUCACCGACGUUGAGACUGUCCAGUAUCGGGAACAAUCAUUAGUUGAUUAUGAUGAUUAUAUUGAGGAGAAGACAAUGUAUAGCCUUCUGAAAUUGUUUGACAACAUCCGAAUGGAUUAUCAUACCCAAUACGAGAGCAUCAUGAAUCAGUCCGAUUUUCAAACAAAAAAACUAGAUAAAGUCAAAAAGACGGUUGUACCCGUGCCAGAAGCUCGUUUGCCCUCGAAGGAUGGCAGGCAGAAAUCUCAAAUCAAUAGGGUUGGCAGCAGACACUCAUCGAUUCGUGGCAGCCAUCUUGGUUUAACUAUCUCUAGUUCCGGCUCAAGAACCGGCAGCUCAUUUCACAUGGACGAGAAUUCACCCAUCGAUGAUAUGAGCAUCAGUCAUAUGUCCUCAGAGCAUGAGGAAAAGGAGGAGAAACCAAAGGUUAAGGUCGUACACUGGACAACAAAGCACAUUUUAUCCACCAAGUUUAAUAGAAACGAACGCACAAUGACCAUAAAGACUGAUCGUCUAGGUGUCUUUGGAUUGGCCUUCAAGCGCUACGAACAUUUCCCAUUUCGCGACUGGAGUAUGCAACCCAAUGAGGAGAAUCCCGAUGAGAUUGUACUGACUGUGGAUACGUUUCAUGCUCGAAUUGUGCUUUAUAUAUCAGCUCAAGGGGUGAGAGGUUAUGUUACGGACAUAGUCAAGGGUUAUGUGGCGCAUCCGGUUAAAUACUUGGAUAUUCCAACUCCCAUUGCCGAUUUUCGAGUGCUGCGUAAGAGAUUCUAUGACAAGUGCAUCAACAUAUUUGCGGAACAUGAUGCCAGCUAUUAUAUUGACAAUGGCUAUUUUUCGGUUAAACAUGUUGCCACUGAGGAUCACACCUAUGAUGCAAUGGCUCUGCACUGUAAAUUAAUGAAGUUCUAUCGCUCGAGCUGGAAUCGUUUAGCCUCCCGUCGCAAUAUACUACUCUGCAUGAAGAAUGCCAAGGAUCAGUCGGAUUAUACGGAGGUAACCGUACGUAUUACGCCGGAUACGGCAACUUUUGUGGAGGUAUCGGAGCUCUGCUCUGAUGAUCUAGAUAUUAUCAAGUUGGACUUUAAGAACACAUGGCGCAAUAUGAGUCAUUAUACGGAUCUGCAUCAGACAAUCAACUCGAUGAAUCCGCAUGCAACCGAUGUGAGGAACAAGGAUGCUCUUCUACUUUUCCGUAUCAAACGCAUGUUGAGCGAAAUUCACCUGAUGAGUUAUUCAUAGAAUUUAUUUUAUUUGAUUUCUAUAAUGAAAAAUCUGUCAGUUUUUCAUUUGAAAU